CCCAGCGGUACGUCACAUCAUAAGUGUGUUGGGAUAAAGAGGCUUCAACUGGGGCUUUAAACUGAUGUCUACUGUCUAGACGACUACACAGGACGCGAGGAAUUAAAUGCACAGUCAUAUAGUCGACCUCUAUUCUUAGACUCCGUACUAAGCCAGCUGUUUUUUUCCAUAUCUGCUGUUCAUAGACAAUCAUGGGAACAGAGGAAGCUAACGUAGACUGUUAGCUGCGAGAAUUUAGAAGCCAAAUCCUUCAAGAGUCACACCCUAAAAUAUCCUGUCCUCGCACCGGCCACGAGACUGCGGGUACAGAUGCGCAGCCCUGCUUUUCGGUCUGGAUCACAGCGCGACUGUUUCCUACAAAGAUCUCUGUGCAAAAACAACUAGAGGAAGCAUCAAGAAAGUCAUGUAUGCCCGGCUUCAGUCUACUUUGUUGGGAGACAGAUAACGGUAGUCGGCUAGCUAGUGUGUGACCAUCAUCACUCCUGUGGGCUAUGAGUUCACCGAUGUACACGUUUGUUUUGAGAGAUGACAACAGCACUGUGUAUGCCGAGGUCGCCAAGAUCCUCAUCUCGACUGGAAAAUGGAAACGACUGAAGAAGGACAAUCCUCGGUUCAAUUUAAUGUUGGGAGAGAGAAAUCGGCUGCCUUUUGGACGGCUGGGUCAUGAACCGGGGUUGAUGCAGCUGGUGAAUUAUUACAGAGGAGCCGAUAAACUGUGUCGCAAAGCAUCACUGGUUAAGAUUAUCAAGACCAGUCCAGAGUUAAAGGACUCCUGUAACUGGUUGCCUGAGUCUUACAUCAUAUACCCAACCAACCUCAACACCCCAGUGGCCCCAGCCACCAAUGGCAUCAGCCACAUGAAGAGCAACCCAAAGACAGAUGAGCGAGAGGUCUUCUUGGCUUCUUAUAACUCCAGAAAGGAAAGCGGAGAGGGAACGGUGUGGAUCGCCAAAUCAUCAGCAGGUGCAAAAGGUGCAGGCAUAUUGAUAUCUCAUGAUGCAAAUGAGUUGCUGGAGUUCAUCGAUAAUCAAGGCCAAGUGCAUGUCAUUCAGAAGUAUCUGGAAAAACCGCUGCUAUUGGAGCCGGGACAUCGCAAAUUUGAUAUAAGGAGUUGGGUGCUUGUAGACCAUCAGUAUAAUAUCUACUUGUACCGUGAGGGUGUGUUGAGGACGUCUUCAGAGCCCUACAACAGCUCAGAUCUGCAGAACAUGACCAGUCACCUGACCAAUCACUGCAUCCAGAAGGAGCAUUCGCAGAACUACGGCUGCUAUGAGGAGGGCAACGAGAUGUUCUUUGAUGAGUUCAGACAGUACCUGUUGACCACACACAAUGUUGCCAUGGAAACAUCUAUUUUACAUCAGAUCAAGCAUAUCAUCAGGAGCUGUCUCACAUGCAUCGAGCCAGCCAUCAGCACGAAGCACUUGUCCUACCAGAGCUUCCAGCUCUUCGGCUUUGACUUCAUGCUGGACGAGAUCUUUAAAGUCUGGCUAAUAGAGAUCAACGGGGCACCUGCCUGUGCACAGAAACUCUACCCUGAGCUGUGUCAAGGCAUCGUGGAUGUGGCCAUCUCCACAGUGUUCUCUCUGAGUGCAGAUGCCAUCUUAUCCUCACCUCCGUUCUCCACUUCUCCAUCUCUAUCCUCCAACUCCUGCUCCUCACCCAAGAUCAGAGUGCCCCAUCACUUCGGCCCAUUCAUCAAACUAUAAAUUGCUGUUGCUGGAUGCUGCUGUUGCCGUGUAAGCCCCUCCCCAUAGUCCUGCCCAAAUACGUCAACCAAUCUAGGAGGCAUAAGGAUGUACACCUGAUCUUGGGGCUGAGCAUGCAGGGGAUUCAUCACUGUCUGAAGAGGACAGAAGGGACAUGAGGUCACCCUUGUAAACUCCUCUUCCUGUUUCCAUCCAUCAUCUCUAAAACACAACCAGAAGAGUCCACAGAAAGAGCACAAGUUUCCAAAGUGCAGACUGGAAGGUGAGGAGAAUCCUGCACAUACUGGUGUAGCAGUACCCAGAAAAGUGUGAUUUAUUUCUAAAGCCAAGCAUGUAAACUUAUGAUAACUGAGACUACAGUUGUUUGGGGCUUUAACACUCAAAAGACAUGACUUUGCAAGCACACAUUUGAAUGAGAAGGUGUUGCCACUGAAGAGGAAGGUUUACAGUAGCUCCUUUAUGCGCUAGAUCUGUUGUGUCAACAAGACUCCUCAGGGCUUUCCCAGGCACCUUGAUGAAGUUGAGGGUGGAUUUGAGACUUUAGUGCCUUAUAUAUAUUCACGUCCUCACUAACACUAAGUCCCAACAAGCUAAUCUGGCUUUUUGUACGUCUGUAUGUGUCCCAUCAGCUCUAUCAGAUUCUGUGUUCUGUGCUGUUAGCUUAGGUGUGUAUUAGACAGUUUUCAAACCAAAAAAGAAUCUUUCUCUGAUGCAUAUAUGUAUGAUUUGUAGUGUAGUGCACAUUGUUGUGAUGUCUUCAAAACAGUAUUUGGUAGAAGUAGCAGAAUAUAUGUUUGCAUAUUUAUUUGUUUUUGUUUUUGAAUUGUCUUGUUACUAUUCUGUCCAGUGAGACCAGAUUUAGUCUUCCCACUGAUUCUGUUGCUGUUAAUACAGACACAUUUUAGGUCUGGUUCAUAAUUACUUUGUGUCAGGCAAUCAAGAACAUCUGAUAAUUGGGGAUACACUUCCUUCUGCUUGUAUUGUCAGGGGACAAACCAAAGCAUUCACAACUCGCUUAUUAUCCAGUAGACAAAUGAUAUAUUGAAAUGUCUAUAAUUGUCCAUCAGUUUAGUUUACAAUAGUUAUUUCAUUCAUUCCCAGCCGUGUCGAUUUAUUUUCUGAAUAAAAAAACCUUUGGCGGACUGAGAUGUUGCAUGUUGAAGCAUGAUAAAAGCAAGGCUCUUUAUACAUACCUAGAGAAAGGUAGGGUUUUUAUGUUAAGAUGAAUGCAUCACUUCAACACAUUUUAUAUUG